AUGUUCAAGGACGCUAAAGGAGCUUCUGAUGAUACUUUAGUGACAUCGAUUGCAAAAAUCAAAAUCUUGACGCCUGGUUACGUUAUAUGUAAAGCAAAGAACAAGCUUGGAGAGGAUAGUAAAGAAGAAAAGAUCGAUGUAGAAGCUCCUCAAGUUCAAAUUUCAGUGGCUAGUACCCUAGCAACAGUCGGAAAAGGUCCUACCGAUCCAGUUAUUGAAUCAACAACAAAAAAGGCAGAAGUUCCUAAGGUUCAAAAUCUAACUCCACUGGCUAAUACCCCAGUGACAGUCGGAAAAGACCCUACCAAUCUAGGUGUUGAAGUAACAACAAAAAAAGCCGAAACUUCAGGUCCUGUAUCUGAGAAGCCUGAUGGUAAGAAUAAACCAGCCAUUACUGAACUGGCGAAGCCUAAAGCUAAGCCAGAAGAUGUUGAUCCGUUCAGUUUAGGCACAAAUGACCAAAAAAUGAACGUAACUAAAGGAGAUACCGUUACCAUGCAUUGCAACGCAUCAACUUCCCUAUUCGGUGAUGAUAUCAAAUGGUACAACACCUCUCAUGUCCUUGCAACUAAUGGGAAAGUUGAGAUAAACGAAACCAAAGAAGCAUCUUUGCAUUCAUCGCAUCUCACUAUAAAAGACAUCCAGCUAUGGGACAAAGGUGACUACUCUUGCGAAGGAACAAAGAGGGACGGUUCUGCUGUUAGAAAACUUUAUCACGUGUACGUCAAUGCCUCUGCUGUGUUCUCUGCUUCGGUUAUCUUGCAGUUGUCGAUAAUAUUACUGGCAUAUUUCAUGUAAUUGCUGUCAUUCCAAGCAGUGGGUACCUAUACUCGAAGUGUUAGUUAUAAUAAGAUAAACCCCCACG